CUUGUCUCUCCACAGGUGAUGGAGACCCGCCAGGUACCCAGGGGCCCCCGGGUGCGGCUGCUGCUGCUGCUGCUGCUUCUUGUGUCCUGGGGCCACCGCACGGCCUCAGGAGUCGCCCUACCUCCCACGGGGGUCUUCAGACUCCGCACCCCCGGCGGGGCUCGGGCGGGUCCGGCCACCCCCCAGUCGCGGCGGAGCCUGGCGCUGGCGGACGACGCGGCCUUCCGGGAGCGCGCGCGGCUGCUGGCCGCCCUCGAGCGCCGCCACUGGCUGAACUCGUACAUGCACAAGCUGCUGGUGCUGGACGCGCCCUGAGCGCCUGCCCGCCCCACCGCAAUAAAGACCCUGCUGCGC